UAAUGCAUUAUUGAAUUACAUUAAAAUGUUUUGUCCGCACAAGAAUUCCUAUUUGCAACUUGUUUGCGCGAUGAACCCGCGGGUUAUAAAUAAAGCGGUUGACAUGGCCAUGCAACACAAACAUUUCGAUCCUCACACAGAAAUCCCGCCCGCCCAAAGACUAGAGUCGAUGCAGCCGUCUCUGUACGCACCGCACGUUGACAUAACACGCGCCCGCUUGGGGUUCGGACGUGUCGGCCUCAGGCUCAUUAACAGAGAUCUACACUCGUCAGACUAUCUUGUUCAGUUGCAGGCCAUACACAGUAUAUUGGACCAGGUUCAAAUAUCAGAGAAUGCGAUGUUCCUAAUCAAUUUACAAGUAGUUUACCGUCUAAUAGAUUUGAUGCAAAGCAAGAACCCAGUAAUACGAGAAAAGAUAUGUCUUAUCCUCACUUCCCUUGCCAACUUCUACCAAGGGCGGAAGCAGAUCAUGACGCGACCGAAAAUAUUCGAAAACCUCAUGUGGUUAAUUAUGAGAGAUCGGUCAGAAAUAAGAUACGCUGCGGCGUAUACCCUGAAGACUCUAACGAGGGACAGAUGUUCAAGUGCAAUCAUCACUGAAACAGAUAAUAUAAUAGAAAAUUUACUUAAAAUGGUAAAAAAUGAGCACGUAGGAAUUGCGAUAUUGCAUCUCAAGACUCUGGAGAAUCUAAUAGAUUGGAACCAAGUUCCAGCUUUGAAGGCAAACGCUUUUCAAAUCAUGUUGAAACUUUUAGAGAAUACCGAUCCGAGAAUUAUCAGCGGAGCAAUGGAUUGCUUGACACAAAUCUGCAAACAUGAUAUCGGUAAAAAAUUAGCAGAUAUUUACGACUUGACUAACUUUUUACGACCUUACCUGGGGUCAACAUCUAUUGAAGUCCGCAUUAGCGCUGCGGGUUUAUUGGGCUACACUACGCUGACGACGCGGUCCAAGUGGCGGGCCAAAGAGUUUUGUGGCGACUUAACUAAGCGUCUGAUGUUGUUGUGCAUUUGCUCUAACAAGCCGGCUCUGCAAUUGAGAUGUAUGCAUGUUUUGAUAAACCUUUGCGAGUGUCCCGAUAUCAGACACCAUAUGAAAGAUAAUUGGGAGAGGAAAGUUCAAGCGAUCAAAAUAAGGAGUCACGAAGAGUGGGACGGCACGAGCGAGACGACGAGCUACGGAUUAGAAACGGGGCAUAAUUACAGGACGAUGAGCAUCGAAGGCGUCGAGACUAUCAAGAACGAUUUCGGCGACAACGCCGAGGUCGUAAACGUUCACAGUUACCUGCGACGAUUACAUGAAAUGAAAACGAACUUACUGAACGCAAUCAAAUGGAAAUCUUAUAAAAAUUGACAACUUUUAAUUAUAUAUGGUCAAUAAAAUCACACGAUCAAAUUG